AUUCAGGACAAUUUGCAUUACAUUUAUUGUUACUCUGAGGUGGAUAGAAUUCUCAGCCGAUUAUUUCAAGUCUGAAGAAACGUUGUCUACUGAAAACUAAAGGUAAAAUUAUGGUUUACUUACCUUUAAUUUUGGAUGUUCCACCUUAUUUCUGAAAAUUUGUAAAUAAAUGAAAGAAAGAUAAUUAUAUUCCUUCGAUUCAUAUUUAUAAACAAAAGGGUUCAAGGAAAACAUAACAUUCAUACCUUUUACAACUACUGUGUUUUGUUUUGUUUUAGGGCCCCUAUACUCACUAUUCCAGGUUACUUAUCAUUCAUGCCAUUUGUUAAUCCCUUAUACUCACCUUACUUUUCCUCACAUUGUCUGCCUCCAUUAUGGAGAUUGUGCCUCUUCAAGCAGGAUAAGUUCUGGCACAACCCAAUGGUAAGAUGUAGAAAAAUAUAUCUAAUUUAAAAUUAUAUAUUUUUUUAGAAUUACUUUUUUUUUUUUAUUAUUCUAGAAAUGGGUAAUGAAAACUCUCAUAUUGCCAAUGCUUGUAACGCUGAGAUCAUGAUCUACUUUGAAUCAAAGAAGUUACACAUCACAGAGAUAGCAUUUGAAGUCACUACGGACACAGGUGUAAAAGCUUCAGAAAAGGAGGUUGAAGCGCAUAAUAACUUAGCUACAAAGUUCAACGUGAACCUAAAGCCAGAUUCUAGGAUCCAGUACAUAAGAUGUCCUUCAAGAGAAUACAUUAAGAUUCCUCUGCAGGGAACGAUCUAUGUGACAGUCAUUGCAAAACGUGGAGAUAAGAAUGAGCUGAUGUGCAUGAACUUCAUGGUUCCAAGUGAUCGAUCAAUCAUUGUCAUUGAUAAUGGAAUGGUCAAGUUUGCCAAGUAUGGCUCUCUGUGGAAGGAUGAGGAUGAAAGAUAUUACUAAGGUAUGUAUGUGGAGAGUUAAGAACUCAGGACUAAUUAUUGAAACUAGUGAUAUAAUACAGAAUGCUAGGCACAUCUACAAACUAUUAACACGAUACCCAACCGUUGGUAAUUGUCAUAAAGUACAAGUGAAAGAAUGUUCCAUUUGCUUGAUAAUGCAUUAUGCAAUACAAUGUAUCUAUAACUGUAAUGGGUCAUAUAAUGGGCACUUAUAGAGAGAAUGGUAAUAAAGGUUCUGGCUCCAAGCACCAGAAAGUGUAGGGAGGAAAAGUGUGCAAAAGCAUGUAAGUGUACAGAAGGAGGAGGAAAUAAGUAUGGCUGGUUGAUUCCAAAAAUCGAAAGAGAGUCUUCCUCCUAGAUUCCCAAAGUUUUUUUUAGGUGCUCAGUAGACUUGUGCAAGGAAGAAGUAAUUUUGGGGGCCAAACCAUGUCAUCCAUGUGGCAGUUCAGAUCGUCAAAAAAAAAAAAAUUGUCCACAAAAAAAAAGAUUCAGAAAAAAACAAAUUGGAUGAACUAAAUAGGGUGCAAAAAUGGGUCAACCAAUAUACUGCAAAAAAUAUACAUAAUAUAGAAGCAUUUUACAGCCAUUUAAUUCACAGAAAAAGUGAGAAAAAGUAACAAAUAGAAGUAAAAAUGUGUAUUUUAUAUAUAUUAUAUACAUAUAUUAAAAAAGGAAAUAUUCUUUUUUUUUUUUUAAAUAAAAUCAACAUUUAGUUUCUGUUUCAUGGACAAUAAUCAAUUUUUUUCCCUUUAAUUAUUUAUUUUUUUGGGUGUCACAGGCAGAACUCCAAAUCCCAAUGCAAACAAACAUGUUUGUCAGUUGAACGAGUCAUUUGCUCAGUUGUACAUCCAUAUGGCAGUUUAGAAGUCGGGAAUUCCGGCGUUCAGCCUAUCGACAAAAAUUCUAAUAAAUUUCAGUUUGAAAAAAAAUGAAUCUCCAAGUUUAAUACUCUGUGUAAAAGAUCCUACAUAAUAUAUAGUGCAGUGAGUGCUAAGAAUGGUGGACUCUCCCAGUGUUCUCUGCAUUAUAGCAAUGUGUAAUAAAGCUGCCUAGGAGCUCUGCCAAUAAACGUUGAUACAUGCACCAUUAUGUUUGUUUCAACCACAGAGACUGUUGGUAUUCAAACACUGUCUGAUCCAAGGUGCACAUAUAUGACCAAAUGAUGAAUGAGUUUCUAUUUUUUUUUUACAUCUACUUUGUUUAAAUAUGUAUAUAUUGCCUAUAAAACUUGAUAAGAGCAUUAUUAUAUUAAAAUAGGUUUGAGGUGAAAGUUUUCUCUUAAGAUCACAGGGAACCGUGUAAAAUUAAAAAAACAUAAGAUUUUGCUUGCUCUGCCAUUCUGUCAGUUGUACCUCUCUUGCUGAGACUUGAACAUAAGUACUUCCCCUUUCUAAGGUUAGAGCAUUCCUUCACAAUAAACUGAUGGGCCAAAAUUAUAAUCAUACUGUCGCUAUCAUUAAGGCUGUUCAAGCUUAUUUACUGCUAUUUGGUGAUACCAAAUAAAACUUUGUAAAGUUACACUCUUCAUUCAUAAAAAAACAGGUUUGAAGUAUUGGCAUAGAAACAUAAAUACAUUUUGUCCUACAAAUCAUUGGUAUGACCAACAGACAUACAGACUCAUUUAGAUGCCAUGAAAUGAGUUUUUCUAUGGGAACUACUAGUGCCUUCAUGAAUGAAGGUUUUCAAAAAUACCACCUUAAUGUAGAAAAACAGACAUAAUUUAGAGUAAACUUUAUAUUAAAGCUUGUAUAUUUUGAUUUAUUCUGUAACCUCUUUGUCACAUAAAUCACUUUCUAAUGAUGCCUUUAAAGUCUAUGAAUGGCAGGGUUAUAGAGUAUGUUGAUGCCAUUUCUAUUUCUUUCCUGUUUGUAGGCCAGAAGUAUUUGAGAAGAGAUCACGCUAUCCAUUCCAUGUCUGAAAUGACCAGGGUUCUUCGGUGUCAAAGGAGUUCUUUCAAAUCUAAGCUUUUUCUUUCAAAUAAAUCAACUUGAGAUUCUUGAGAAUGGAGGGUGAGGGGAGACUGAUCUACUACUGGCUAAAGGGAAAGGAGUGUGAAACUGGAUUACCAUUGUUUAUGGAGACUGGGUGUAAAAAUAAAUACCUACUGGUUAUGGGGACAAGAGUGUGAAAAAUAGAUUACUGCUGUCUAUGUAGAGAGAUUGAUAGAAUCACCUACUACUGGCUAUUGGAAAGGGAGAGUGAGAUGGGUCUAUUACUGACUAUAAUGGGGGAACAGGUUGAAUGAGAUACUAGUAGACAGGGUUGCGGGACAAUUGGCUACUGCUUAAGUUUUAGCACAGGAGCAGAAUUAACAGCAGUUUAAAACUGUAAUAGAGCAUGUGGAUACAAUAAAUGUAUGAUUCUUAGUUGAAUUAUAUUUGGGAAGAGCUUGCACUGUCCUUUCAAAUUUACCAAAUUUUUUGUCAAAUAAAGUCAGCUUAAAAUUUA